GUAGCCUCUUUGCUGUAGUGGACGGUUGUUAAAAGACAGAUAAGCCACUCCGGGAAUGGGACCACAAAUCAGAAGCAAGAAAAACUUUGCCUUCUUUCGGAUCAUCCCACUCCGAAGAUACCUCUUCAUCCAAAGGGAAUAAACUUUUCCUCUGAGAAGAAAAAGGAGCAAGUGUAAGAAAACCCCAAAUGGGAUAAAGUAGUGUUUGAAAUUUUCCUUAGCCAAAUAGGCAUAUAUCUAUAAUAAGUGUGUGUUUUUUAUACACCUUAGUGGGGUUUUUGUUGUCAUUUUUUUAAAUAAGAGGCAGUGUAUGAAGCCAUUCAGUUUUGAAAGUAUUUAUAACAUGCUUUAAAGUGGGGGUGUGAAGAUCCUUUGCUUUAUUCUACACUAGAAUAAAGCAACGGAAGUCUUUUGUUAGCAAGGCUGUGAUUUCUAAAGGUGCGUCUCUGGGGCCCCGGUGUAUGGCGCUAAAAGGUGUCGGAGCAGGCAGAGAGAUUUAUUGGUUCCCGUCCGAAGUAAAAUGGCAAAGUGGUUCAAAGAGUUCCCUAUCAAUCUGAAGAACGGUACCGAUAGGAUCCGCUCAGUUUCUGAGUCAGGCGCACAGCCAAGAGCCAGUAAAGCAGGGCUGGUGGCCAGCAUCGGUACCAAAACGAAUGUCCCCAAAACGGGCCAUCGCAAAAACUCCUCCGCUGAAAGCACAGGCGGAGGAGGUGGAGGAGUUGGAUCUCUCCUGUCCGGGAGAAACCGAAAGAACUCCGCCGUGGAGUUGUGCAGAAACGGCGUGAGCCCCGUGAAAGAUGGGAAAGUUUGGGACAGUCUCCGGUCCGGGAAAAGCCGCAAGAACUCCAAAGCUGAGACGGUGUUUGAGGAGCAGCACAGACCUCUGAAGACCUCUCCAUCUGCCAAUGCCUACAUCAGCCGGCUGAUCAGAGUAGACAAACAGGACAAGAGCCCCAACUUCAACAGCGGUACCAUCACCAGUCCAGUGGUACCUGAAGCUGAGAAACCAGCCAAGGCUGAAACACUGAUCAUCCUUGAGGACUACGCCGAUCCUUUUGACGCUCAGAAGACCAGAGAGCAGAGGGAGGCGGAGAGGGUUGGCGAGAACGAUGGCUACAUGGAGCCCUAUGAUGCACAGCAGAUGAUUACCGAGAUCAGACGCCGCGGAUCGAAGGAUCUGCUGAAGGUGUGCGUGCUGAUGGAGGGGAGUGAGGGAGCAGAGGAGGAAGGCCAGCCUCCUCCCUUGCAGAUCUACGACAUCCCAUACGAGGGGAGCGGCGACGAGGCGGCAGUCACACGGCCGGAACUGGACCCUCGACCCUCCGCCGAGUACGAGCUGCCCUGGGAGUGGAAGAAGGAGCAUAUCGUCAGAACUCUGUCUGCACAGUUUGACAGCCCCAAUCGCCUAGCCAAAGAUGACACACCUCAUCCCACGCUCACCAGACAGCCCCAGCAUCCAUCACAGCAGCAGCAGCAGCAUCAGCAUCUGAGGCAGAAAAGCUGGACCCAGAAGAUCCUGAGGUCCUCCCCUCCGACCCUGCUCGCGUCCCCUACGUCCAGCAGCGGCUCCGAAAGCGAGGCCUGCUGCGUGGACCCCUCCCUGCCUCUGGAAAAACAAAGCUGGUACCACGGCUGUGUGACUCGCCAGGAGGCAGAGUUUCAGCUGCAGUCCUGCAAAGAGGCCAGCUUCCUGGUCAGGAACAGCGAGUCGGACAGCAGCAAGUACUCCAUCGCCCUCAAGACGAGCCACGGCUGCGUUCACAUCAUCGUUGCCCAGACAAAAGAAAAUGGCUACACCCUGGACCAGAGCAGCUGCGUGUUCCCCAGCAUCCCAGAGGUGGUGCACCACUACUGCACUCAGCGUCUGCCUUUCAACGGCGCGGAGCACAUGACCCUGCUGCACCCGGUGUCUCGCAUCCACUGACUCUGCUGUGGCUCGGAUUAGGUAUACAAAACAAACACACCUCGGGGCCUACAGACGAAAAAAAAAUUAAAAUCCAAAUAUCAGCCACAGCAUAACUCCUCUUCAAAUUUAUUAUUUAUCUAUGCAAACACACUUUAUGUGUUGCUUUUUAAAAUAAUUUUUACCCGACCGUUAAAAGGUUUGUCACUCAAUAUAAGCCUAAAAUCUCCAGAUGACUUCUUCCUUUGUUUUAUUUGACGUGCAGCUGAUGCAAAACACCCCCCGCUGCUGUUUUGCAUGUGAACAAGAGACACCAGGGCACUUUCACUGAUAAAAUGUGAGCUGGAUUGGAGGAUUUCCUUCCCCCCCAUCCACUAUAUCUGUAGUAAAAGUUACACGUGGUAUUUCUUUGCUGCAGAUAGUGUGCGGCGUGUUUUAUGAAUCAAAAAAUGAUUUUAAUUUACGGCUCUCUUUCUCCCUCUGGUGGAUAUGUGGCUACACUAUGCCAACUCGCCAACACCAAGGUUUCCCAUACUAAAGUUUAUACUUGUUAAAAUCCAUGCAUGUUAUCGUUACACUUAUAUAUAUAAAAAAAAAAUGAACAAAGGCCAGAUUUAUUUUGUGUGUCUUCGCAGCUCAUUUCUAAUUUAUCCUCCUAAACUUGAUCAUUUUCUGUAACCGCCAAACACCCCCCCUGAGGAUUUCCUCCGUCUUACUGUGAAUGAAGGAGUUGUUUUCUUCUGUGUUAUCUGCACUGUGAAGAGUGAAUGAUUCACCCUGAUGCAAUGUGCUUGAAGGAGUAAUGGCCCUGCAGUUUGUUGGUAGCUUUCGGCGACAAGAACCGAGACUAGAUUUCAUUUUCAGAUUCCAGCUAUAAACCGACCUCUCUUCUUUCUGGCAUAAAAUUGUUCUUUGCAAAUUAAACGAUUUCUGGCGAGAAAUUUUAUAAAAACGUAAUGCUCUCUGUGGGACUGCAAGGGAGGACUGUGCAAAUGAGAAGAGCGAGAAAGAAAAAUCUAUUUAAAUAUGAAAGAAAUGUCCCUCUUUUUAAUUAAUUUGGACCCUGGUUGCUUUAAAGUGAUGCUGUCCUCCCUCAGGGUGUGAGGCCCCAUGGUGCUAAGAAGCAGAAGAGCAAAUAGAUAAGUGGGCACUGUAUUAUUACUAAUAUAUUCUAACUCAUGAACAUUUGGCAUGGUGUAUUUUACCUUUAAUUUAUGCUGGAAAUCCAUUUGGGCAAAUCCGCGACACAACCCGAUGUUAAAUACCUAAAUAUAGUCUUAAAAAAAAAGGUUUAUAUUCGAUAAAUUCUUGGAGAUCUGCCUUUUCAGAAGGUAUUGUCAGAGUUAAGCUCAAGUUAUUUGUGGAGGCACACCUUUAUACAUUCAUUGUUUUGCCUUUUGAUAUCUGGAGACCUAUUGUUCAAACAUUGUAAAGAAGAUUACAAUAAAAGGUCCUGAAUCUCA